AUGGUCGUCGUGAGACCCAUUAUAGUGACGACGUACGAAUUCAGUACAACAAAGCACGCCUUCCAUAUAAUACUCUCUAUGUUUUUCUUCAUAAAUAUCGUUGGUAAUAUGAUUUUGGGCAUCUUUACUGACACGACCAUAAAAAUGGGAUCUCGGCCGUAUAAAUGCGAGGAGUUCUGCGAAUCUUGUCAAAUGUAUCGUCCAGCGAAGGCCUGGCAUUGUAGAAAAUGCAACGCGUGCAUUCUCAAGCGAGACCAUCACUGCUUCUUUUUUUCACGCUGCAUUGGAUUACGGAACCAGCGAUACUAUGUCGCUUACCUCACAUAUAUAUUCAUAUCAAUGGUGUAUUCGACUUACUUCAAUUUUUAUUACGUCGUGUCUAAAUACGAUGAAUAUGAGAUAUAUGUAUCAGUUUGUCGAAUCGUCAAUCCGUUUCUACGAUAUUUAAUACCAGAACCAAUGGGUAUGAAGGAUUUGUACGUUUUCUUUCUGUUCCUCAAUAUCGGUCUUGUUAUAUGGUCUGGAGGAUUAUUUGUUUUUCACGCCAGAAAUGUGUUAAAAGGAGAAACCUCCCACGAGUAUAAGGAAAAUACAAGGAGUACUUUUAAGAAUAAUUGGUCAGCGAUGAAGAGGAAUUUUAUCAAUGUGUUCGGAGAAAAGUGGUAUUUUGCAUUAGUAUGGCCGCUGGCUCAUAGCCCUUUACCAGAAACUGCUGAAGAUUGA